AUUUCGCUACCCGCUAUAACCUAUAAAUUAUAAAUUUUCGUUUGAUUAAAACUGAAUUUAUGGACAAAAAAAUUAUUUAUAUCUAUUCUGAAAAGUUAAUAAGAGAAUGUAACCGCUUGCCAAACAUGUUGAAUAGAGCUUCAAUGGUACAGGACUUAAUAAAUUGUUAUGGUUUAUUAUUGACUGGAAAAUUCCAAGCAGUUCAAAGCUUAGAUGCUACUGAAGACGAAUUAAAAUUAUUUCAUUCGACUAGCUACAUAGAUUUCCUAAAAAAGGUCAACGAUCUUGAUAAUUUUGAUGAAUUUGAAAAGGAGCAAGUAGAAUAUGGUUUGAGCUACGAGUGUCCAAUCUUGGAAAGAAAUUUCGAAUUGGUUCAAACUUUAGCUGGGGGCUCUAUUUCGGCUGCCAAAUUAUUAGCGAAAAAUAAAUGUAAAAUCGCUAUUAAUUGGUUUGGGGGUUGGCACCAUGCGCAAAGGGAUUCAGCUGAAGGCUUUUGUUAUGUAAAUGAUAUUGUUUUAGCUAUUCACAUUUUAUCAACGGCAUUUGAUAGAAUCCUAUAUUUAGACCUGGAUAUUCAUCAUGGGGAUGGCGUUCAGAAUGCAUUUGAAUUUAGCAACAAAAUUUUAACCCUCUCUUUUCACAAGAAGAGUGUAGGAUUUUAUCCUGGCACAGGAGAUUUAAACGAAGUAGGAAGUUCUAAGGGAAAAUAUUAUUCAUUAAAUGUGCCUCUGCUAGAUGGCAUUGGCCAUAAUAAUUAUUUGAAGCUGUUCGAUAAAAUUUUUCCUAGUGUUCUGAUGUCAUUUAAACCAAAAUGCAUUGUAAUGCAAUGUGGCGCAGACGGAUUAAAUGGAGACCGCAUAGGACAGUGUAACUUGACUUUAAAGACAAUAGGAGAGUGUGUCGACAAAGUUUUAAAAAGCGAUUUGCCUACACUUUUCCUAGGUGGAGGAGGAUAUAAUUUUGCAAAUACAGCACGAUUGUGGACAUACUUAACAUCGAUUAUUGCAGAUAAAGAGUUAGACGAUGAUAUUCCAGACACUUCGCAGUAUUUUGUAAACUAUGGACCCACAUACGAGUUACAUAUCGAUGCCAGUUUACAAAAAGAUGUAAAUACAAACGAUUAUAUUAAUAAUAUUGUUAAUGAAAUUGCAUUAUACUGUUCUUUUAUAGUAUAGUUCUCCGGUUUAUGAAAUUGUUCACUGUUAAUACCUGAUUAGGAUAUUUAAGUCGACAGAUAUUAUAUUUUAUAAGUUAUUAACUAGCAUCGGUUUCUAGAUAAUCGCAAUACCUUUUCCUUAGAUUAUGUUGUAAUUUUGACUACGUUCAUUUGUUGUAAAAAAAAUAA